AUGGAAGGUAUAAGUGAUCGUGCAGCUGGGUCAACAAGUCACCCUCCGUUUCUUGAUGACAAAACCAACUAUGCAGCAUGGAAGGCUAAGAUGAAAGCUUUUUUGUGGGCAAAGGAUGUAGCUGUAUGGGCUGUUAUUGAAAGUGGUUGGGAGUAUCCAACUAAGACUGAAAAAGUUGACACAAAAGAGAUUGGAGAGGGCAGUUCUACUGUUGAAGCCAAAGUUAAGAAGUCGAUGAGUGAAUGGACUAUAGAUGAGAACACCAAGAGUACAAAUAAUAAGAAAGCAUUAAACUCUAUCUUCGCAGCGGUAUCCUUUGAUAAAUUUCAGCUUAUUUCUCAUUGUUACUCUGCAAAGCAAGCAUGGGAUAUUCUUCAAGUUACUCAUGAAGGCACUACAGCUGUUCGAGAAUCCAAGCUUCAGCAACUUAUCCAGCAAUUUGAAAAUAUGAAGAUGGGUGAUGAUGACAAGUUUGCUGAUUUCUAUGCUAGGCUCAAUGUUGUUGUGAAUGGUUGUUUCAACUUAGGAGAUCCCAUACCUCAGCACAGAAUAGUCAAGAAAAUACUCAGGUCUCUUCCUAUGAAAUAUCAUUCCAAGAAGAUAGCCAUUCAAGAGUCGAAGGACCUGAAUACCUAUAAUCUGCAAGAAUUGAUUGGAAACUUAACCACAUAUGAGAUGGAACUCCCUGAUGAAAUGAAGAGCAAAAGCAUAGCUCUUAAAGUGAAGAAAGACAUUGAAGAUGAGUCAACAGAUGAAGAGGAUGCUGAUGAAGAUGAAAUUGAUCUUAGAGGAGUACAGGUAUUUGUCAUCCACAAUAUGGGAUGGGAUCCAAAUUCAAAUCCCCUUUCUCUUAACUGGUUAAUGAAAGAUAAGAGAACUAAAGAAGAUAAGUAG